GCACAGACUGGCUGGGCACAUGAGCCUGAUGCCAGGACUUGGGGCCUUCCAAUGUAAUUACUGGAGUAAUAGUGGUGGCUAUUUUAGUUUACUUAUUCUAGAAUCAGUGGGAAUGUGGACCUCAUAUGUUUUUCUUUAACUUACCCAGAUAGUACCGAAAAGGAGCUAUAGUGUAGAAAAGUGACUUUGUCCACUUCUGAGAGCUGAGUGGCCAGCUUGUGGCAAUGGGGGGCCGUUCUGCCUAGCUGAAGCUCCAUUCUGACAGGGUCCACUGUCAUCAGGAAUGGCCUUGGGGAUCUCAGGGACACAAGUAGGGCAGGAGGGGAGAGGUAGUGCACUGUGGGGAACUUUGGGUCAUCUCGCUGCCUAAAUAACCCAAUCAGCCAGGAGUGGCUGGAGGCAGGCUGGCGGGUAUCCAGCUCCUCAGAAACCUACCAGACACUCUUUUUUGAAUGCAUGGCCCAGUUUGUGGACUCUCAACGGCUGUGACAUUUAAUCCUCAUAAAGGCCCAGUGAAGUCAGUGAUGUUUUUGUUUCCAUUCUGCCAUUGAGAGAAUAAAUUACUUAGCUAAGGUCCCACAGUUAGAAGAGAGGCAGGAUGUAGCACCAGGCAGGCCCUUUGCAUGUCCUCCCACCUGGUCCUGGAGCUAGAAGAACCUCCUGGAGCACCAUGGUGACUCCAGAUGCUGAGGUAAGUGUCCUGACUCAGCCUGCUGCCUUAUAUAUUCUGUAUCAUGUGUUGGCCUCAGCUCGGUCAGGCCAAGUGUUUCCUGGUUCCUCAAGUGCACCCAGACCAGUGGCCAUAGAUUUUUAAUUAACAACAGGUUUUCUGUGGAUGGAAAACAGAAACUCAGUCAACCCUAAUAUGUAGCAUUUGCCAGUUUCUGUGGUAUAAAUACUUCUACUGUGGCCUGUUUCAAGCCAUCAGCUCGAUGUCCCUGAGUGACACUCUGGAGAGAUGAUGCGUAGUAGGCUCUUGCAAGCCUCAUAGGAGCUGGCACCGGCAUGCUGCUGACCCAGACUCAGUGACCUUGGCUUGGUCUGUACAGCGGACGUGGCUCUUGGUCAUGGAACAUUAGAGUGAGGGAAAGCUGAGUAUGGUGGCACACACCUGUAAUGCCAGCACUCAGGAGGCUGAGGCAGGACUGCUGUGAGUUUGAGGUCUGCCUGAGCUAUAUAAUGUGUUCGAGGCCACCCUAAACUACAUAGACCCUGUUUCAAAACCCCAAAUAAAUGAGGAAGGCAGUAGACAGCAUGAGCCAGAGGAUCAAACUUGAAUUCAAAUCCUGACCCAUCACUUGUUAACUGUGACCUUGAUCCAGUUAAAUUCUUGCCUCUUUCCUCAAUGGCCAGAUGAAGGCAUAAUCACAUUUACUCACAGGCUGUUGUGAGGAUGCCAAGAGCUAAUGGCCUUGACAUGCAAAUGCCCAUCAAUGCCAGCUCUUCACGGCCAGUAAGGAUACAUCGACCUGAGUGAAAGCACUGUCUUGAACAGCAUGGAACUCCCUCAUAUUAAAGCCUCCUGUACAGGUCUGGCAGGUCCUAGAGGAAGAGCUCCUGAGACUUCCCUGGCCCUUCACAAGUGGACCCUCUAUCUCUUGGUUGGGACACUUAGGCUUCACCUGGUCCUUAAGGCUUUCUACUGUAUCAGAGUGCACUUGGGUCCCUCCUGCUGCCUCUGGCUGUAGGAAGGCAGAGGGAAGCUAUGGGUUUGAGCGGUGACUUUACAUUUAACUAGCUAAGGCCAUGACCUUCCAUGAACUCAUGGGAUCACAGACCCAGGCCAACAGGGAAUGGGGGCAAGACACGUCCUAGGUGUGGACUGUGGCCUUCUCCCUUCGGUCCCAUCCCUUUGUGCUUUUGCUUGAGGACACAGGUUUGCCAGACUGUCUCCAAAGUCUUGGUGUCCCACUCUAGCCUAGGGACCCAGAGGUAUGUGGGGAGAUGGGGGAGAGUAGAAUAGAGUACGCUUAGACUGUCCUUGGAAGAGGCACAGCAGCUAGAUGGUUUCAUGAGGCUUGGCCCGAAGCAGGACUGAGGCACCAGUCCUGCCUCAGCACCAGGAGUUGUAGAAGGGAAGGCUUCAGCACAGGGCUGGCCAAGGGCCACAGCUUGUUCACAACCCAUAUAGACCAGGGACACUACCUUGUAUCCUUGGGACCAAAGAUGGGAGUCUGAAAGGCCUUUAGAGACCUUGCCACCCAACUCCCAUUUGAUACAGCUGAGGAAAUGACCAGAGAGAAGUGGGCAGAUGGAGAGAGGCUCAGAGACUAAAAAAUCAUGAAUGACAAAAUGAGGGUAAAAUGGGCUUGGUCUCCAAAAUCUAGGCCACUGUGAUAGGCAUGAGUCUUCUGUUUUAAAAAGUAAGUCGUACUACUUUUUUAGCCCCGAUUGUUAGUAAAUCAUAGACCAAUGGAAUGGUAGAGUUUAGCUCUCUCCAUGUGUAGGUAGUGCAGCCCCCACAUCGACUGCAUCCAUCCUCAGGAUUCUACCCAGAUCAACCAGGACUGGGUUUGGAGCUGGACCUCACAGGUUUCCCAAACUGAAGUCUCAGGAAAAUGCAGGUCCAGGCUGGAAAUGGCUGUGGUCUGGGCUCUUUCCCUCAGACAGGAGGCCCUGUUCUGCUAAGCCUGCUGGUGCCCCAGUCAGACCCAGAGCUUGGGCAGAGCCUCUCUCUACCCUGCCCUUCUGCCUGGUCCGCAGGUAGGUGACCUAAUGUCUGCUGACUGGGCCUCAGAAUGAAAGAAACAGCAAUCGGGUACAAUUUGAACAGAGACCAAGUGUCCAGAGAGUAGCAAAGUCUAAAGCCUCCAAGCGGUUUGAGUGGGGUGAUCAAAUUCAGCACAGUACCAAAUCUCUGUGCAACUGAUCCUUCUAGUGUGGGUAAUAUUACCACUACUUUCCAAGAAACUAGUGAAAAACCAAGACAUGGGCUCAAUGAUUUCUUUUAAGCUCUGAAGCCUGAGCAUCUCCUAGGCCUCCGCGUCGUUCCCAGCCCAGGCGGUUGCAGAGGGAGUGCGCGCCUUGCUAGACGGGAGGGGGUGAGAGCCGCGGUUGCUUUAAAGGGCGGCUCUCGGAGCAGCUGGGCGCCGGGCGCAGAAGCCCGAGCGGGGUCUCCAGAAGCGGCAGCCGGUCGGGCACUGCGGGGUUGCCUCCAGCUUGGGCCGGCCUCGCGUUAUCUUCUCUCAGCUCCGCUGGGGAAGGAGCAGCUGCUGGGCCCAGCCCGGCGGAGGCACGGGGGCUGUAGGGGGUGCAGCCCAGUUGCCGCGGAGAUGGCGCUGCACUUGCGAUGACGGCGCCCGCGCCCCGAGGGUCCCAGCCCUGCGCCCAGUGUCCCCGGGAGAGGAUGGAGCGCCCGGAGCCCGAGUUGAUCCGGCAAAGCUGGCGGGCAGUGAGCCGCAGCCCGCUGGAGCAUGGCACCGUCCUGUUCGCCAGGCUAUUUGCCCUGGAACCCGACCUGCUGCCCCUCUUCAAGUACGAGGGCUGCCAGUUCUCCAGCCCCGAAGACUGCCUGUCCUCCCCAGAGUUUCUGGACCACAUCAGAAAGGUGAUGCUUGUGAUCGACGCUGCAGUGACCAAUGUGGAGGACCUGUCCUCGCUGGAGGAGUACCUCGCUGGCUUGGGCAAGAAGCAUCAAGCCGUGGGUGUGAAGCUCAGCUCCUUCUCGACAGUGGGCGAGUCCCUGCUCUACAUGCUGGAGAGGUGCCUGGGCCCUGCCUUCACACCAGCCACGCGGGCUGCCUGGAGCCAGCUGUAUGGGGCCGUGGUGCAGGCCAUGAGUCGAGGCUGGGACGGCGAGUAAGAGGCGACCCCUGCCGGCCAGCCCCCAGCUGUCUGUGUCUGUCUGUCUGUCUGUGUCCGAUGUAGCCCAGGUUCUCCUAAGCCUCCCUGCAUCUUGUCCCCAGUCAUUCUGGAGAGGCAAUGGAGCAGGGCUGAGUCUCAGCUCCCCCCACCCCAGAACUGCAGAAGGAACUUCUGGGUUCCCCUUACCCCCACAGCCUCUUUCCUGCCUGCCUGUGUACCUCUGGCAUCUCCGUCACCCAUGAGGAAUAUCACUUUUGGUGGCAGAGGUGGCACAGAACUGGGAAGGGGGUGCUUUGAGAGACAGGGCUUUUCUUGGGUGAGCUGGUCAAGGUGAGGGAAGGUGGCUACAGGCUGAGGAAUUGAGAAGUCCUCAUUCAGGGCUCCCAGUGGGAGCUCCCCCAUAUUGCCCUGCAGGACCCCAGCUGUCAGGAUGGAGGUUGUGACCCCACCCCAGAGAGACCUGAGUCCCAGGCUCUUCCUCACCACUCCACUCCACAGGGCUGAGUCUUACCUUUGCACCCCCUUCUGCUUCCUGCUUGGGCUGGGGCCCACAGCUUCUGUCUGUUGCCCACGCAUGCCCAUCCUUGGGCAGAUGGGCAGGUGAGAAAGCGGCAGGAAAGGCCCUCUGCCCACUCCCUGCACUGCAUUUGCUCUGUGCUGUGGUUGCAUAAACUCACAAGGAAUAAACCUAUUCUGUAUGCCGCUGACUGUCCAGGACUGGUCUUUUCUUGGGUCUUGGCCUGUGCCAAAGGAAGCUGCAGGACAGUGCAUCCCAGGGCAGGAUGGAAGACAGGAUUAGUGGGCCAAGGCCAGAGUAGCUAGGAAAGAAGGGAACAGCCAGGCGAGGCUGGAAGGCAGUUGUAGAGGUGGAGUUAAGUCUGGGCUGAAACCUGGACUGAAGGCCACCAAACCCAAUUUCCUUUCUUUCUUGUCACACAGUUGGACAACACUGCCCAGCCUUCCUUGCAAUUAGUUGGAACAGGGGACCGUUCUGGCCAGGGGAUGUGGGACUGUGUGAGCCAUUCCCAGGCCUGCUUUCCCACAAACUCCCUGUUGUUCCUGAAUGCUCUGGCAUCCACUGCCAGAUUGAUGCAGACUUCACUAUAACCUGGAGGGCCAUGUGUGGAAUAUGACAGAGUCACAAGGUUAAAGGAGCCAAACCCUGAGCUGUUGCUUGGAGCAGGCCACCCAUGUCUCAGGAUCACCCUUCAGAGACUGACACCAGAGCAAGACACACUUCCUUCAUAGUUGUGCUAUUCUCCAUUUGGGGGUUGGUCAGCUACAACACAGAGCCGUUCUAAUCCAUGGUGUGCAGUGGUCCAUGGGUCAGAGGUUCGGGAGCCUACAUGUUGGUGGGCCAGAGAGCAAGGCCUGGGUGGGCAGAGGACCUGGCUCUGUAAAGGCCACUCUGACCCAUGUCCUGAGCUAUCGCAUGCUAUUCUGUGCUUUCGACUCCCCCAAAACCACCACGCCACUUCAUUCCGCGGACCCAGGUCUCCCUCUCACACGCAGAAUGGCCUCUCCCCUCCCUCUGCAGCUACCCUGGGUCACAGUCUUAUCUCCUCACUUCCUGGGAGGAACCUGUGUCGACCAAGCUUUGUUCCCACGCAGUCUGCUGUGGUCAAAGUCAGCAAUGACCUCCAGCUUGCCAAAGGCAGGGGCCACAUCUUAGUGCUCACCCUGACAGAGGGGGAUCGAUCCUUUAUUUUAAGUGUUUUAUUAUGGGAAAAUGCUAACAUAUACAACAAUCUAGAGAUAAUUUCCA